GAGACUCCCUCAUUCAUUCGCAGAGAAAAGUCUCCGUUCUUAAGGACGCAGACGAGCUUCAUGUAUCUAUAAGAGAGCUGAAAGAAAAAAGGAAAACGGCGUUUUGACUUGAUCCGAGUCACAGAGCAGGAUAUCCCCAAUGUGUGCAGAGAGCAGGGCUCUGCGUGAGGAGUCGCAGACGCCAGAGAUAGGCUGAAAUUUACAUUGGCAAGACUAGUUUAUAAGCCAUUCUGGCUUUGGACCCGUUAGACCUUUCAUGCGUGCAGCUGAUAAGGAGUUUAAUCAGAAGCUAAUUUACUUCAGUCGCUCGUACAAAAACAGGAAAAACUAACACUGGUGAAUCCCACAGCUUUUACAGUACCAGCCCUUUUUUGAGGAAGACAUGGCUAAGUUAUUCCGAGCUGCUAUCAUGGGUCCACCAGGAUCAGGGAAAGGAACGAUUUCCAAGAGGAUUGCGCAAAGCUUUGGCCUGCAAUAUUUGUCCAGUGGUCACUACCUACGAGAGAGCAUAGCGGCAAAUACAGAGGCAGGUGUGCUGGUGAAGACCUAUGUAGAGAGAGGCAUGCUGGUGCCUGACCAUGUGAUGACCAGACUGAUGCUGCCCAGACUGGAACAACUGAGUGACCACAGCUGGCUGCUGGAUGGUUUUCCUCGGACUCUGGCGCAGGCCCUGGCCUUGAACAAUUUGUAUCAGCUCGACUUGGUUAUCAGCCUCAAUAUACCCUACGAGACUCUGAGAGAGAGACUGAGUGACCGCUGGAUCCAUCCAGCCAGCGGUAGAGUCUACAACAUGGGCUUCAACCCACCACGAGUGCAGGGUAAGGAUGACAUCACUGGGGAGCCACUGAUUCAGCAUGAUGAUGACAAACCAGAAGCCCUGAUGGCCAGACUGAGGCACUACAAGGAUGUGGCCAAGCCUGUCAUAGACUUAUACAAGUCACAGGGAGUCCUGCACUCAUUUUCUGGUACAGAGACAGACCGGAUUUGGCCUUACAUCAACUCUCUCCUCAGCACCAAGAUGCACGCACAGCCAUCAGACGCCUGCCAAACCCAGACGCCCUGACAGUACUCUGACAGAAAAGACCACAGGGAAACAUCCAGAGGCUGUCAGAGGAAGUGGGUUUAUGUUUCUACAUUCUGGCCAUGGUGUCAGAUUUCAUCUUCCUCAUUAAUGGGGGGGGGGGGGGGUUAGAGAAAUGGAAUUGGACUCUGAUCUAAACUGUACAAAGCCAACAUGUUUGCGAUUCAAUCAGCAGUUGGUUUUUCAAAUAUAAGAGAUUUAUACUGUAGAUUGUGUUAAAUUCCACAUUAUCAGUGAAACGUCCAGAUUCUUCAAGGCAAUGUCAAAACUAAUAACAUUUGUAAUUUUACAUAAACACUCAUUAUCUAGCAAUUCUUUACACAUUUGAUUUUUGUUGUUUCUGAAACUGAGGAGUUGCAAUUUUACUGAGUAGAAUACGCACAACAAAGUCAUUUUUUAUAAAGUUUGUUCUAACUGUAGCUUUAAGUUACUGAUUAAUUGAGAGCAAUAGUGACACUGUAUUAUGUUGUAUAAAACCAAAAUCAGUCUCUUUUUUUUUCUCAGAAAACUGAAACUUUUGCAAGUCUGUGAGCAGUAUAUAAUGCCAACAAGCCAGCUGUUACAUAUGUAAAACUAUCCUGCAGAACCAGUUUAUAAUUCUUUGGCUUUAUCAGCUCAGUAUUUCUAGAUUAUGUCCAUUAAUUGCCUAAACAAUGCACUGUGUAAACUUCUAUUCUUUACCUAUGUGCUGGAAUGCUGCACAGUUGUAUGCAAGUGUGCUUGGGCUGGUGCUGUACUGGUACACAAAGCCCUCACAGUCACUCUACAGCACACUCUGUGGCUGGGAUGAAGACCAAUGCACAGAUUAUAAAGUGCCUUCAAUGUUGUUACAUUCCUUUAUAUAUACUAUAAGGUUGGCUUGAAAUUUUGAUCUUAUCAUAUCAUGACAUUAUUGUUAGAACGUAAUGUUUGUGCAGUGUGUGUUCAAUUUUGAAAAAACUGCUGGAUUAGUAAGUAAUGGGUCACGUUUAUGAUUCUCACAAGGUCAUAUUUGUAAAGGUCUUAUAUUUCAGAUUGUUUGAAUGUAUAAAUCAUUGUUGCAGGGUGAAAAAUUUGUAAAAUGAAUAACUUUUUCAGUUUUGUAUUUUUCUAAAUGAUUAUUUAAGACUCAUAAUAAUUACUUACAAUACAGAAUAGCUAAUGAUCCAUUAUUUGAAGUUAAAAAUGAUCAACCACGUUAAAGAUAAUGCACAAAAUAGCACAAAAUGUGAGUUUCCAUUUUACAAUAACACAAGCACACUAGUAACCAACAUGUGCAAUAAAGAUCAGUGGAUAAGUUUGAAUUGCUGAAUUGUUUUCCAACUCUGUCAAUGCUGGCCCUGCAGAUCUGAAAAUUUCACCUUCAUUCAGUUUAUAAAUAGAAACAUACACUAAUUCAGUGUUUGGCCAUAGGUUACACAGCACAUGCAACAAAAAAAAGAAAGAAAAAGAAGCCAUUUCCUUUAUGAGGAUAAAACUGCCCUGUCAGUGUGUUUUUCAAUCAGAGAAGACUUUUUUUCAAUCUAGUCUCAUUUGUAGUUUCAAGUAUUUUUUAAUGGUGAUUUGUUGUUUGUUUUUAUUUUCCUUAGCUGGGGUCCGAGGGUCAUGGGUGUUGGGUGUUGUACAGAUUGUAAAGCCCUUUGGGACAAUUUUAAGUUGACUUGACUAUCAUACUGCAGAAGGAAGACCAAAGAAGAAAAAAUCACUGACUCUUUCACUGAUUCAAAUUUGUUGCUUGGGUGACAACUGGAUAAGAUGUGUAUGCAAAGUGCCAGCAGUGUGCCUGUCCUUCUCUCAGUGUCUUCGGCAGCAAUCGUCUGUAAUUGUUUGUUUGAUAAAGUAGAAACAUGAAUAUAGAGUCUGUAGAAAGCAACUGAUUUACACUUUGGUUUUUGUUGUGGGGCUCAGCUUGCUCAAUCUGUGUUGCUGAAUGAAUGGGUGUGGUGUGAGUGUUGAGUUGUACAUGACCGUGCCCCACUGCUGUUGUGUAACACCACAGUGGAUUUUUUUCUUCCUUAUUUUUAUACCAUGCUGUCCAAACAAAUUACAUCCCAAGAAUAAUAAAACUAUUUUCUCAUG